AUGCCUCCCAAAAGAGUUGUCGUCGAAAGAGCCAGCCCGCGCUCCCGCCAGCCCAAGGGCUACUUCAGAUCAACCUACGAUGCUCUGACCUCGUCCGAGAAUGCGCCCAUUGUCCGUAGUAUUGCCAUCUUUGGCGCUGCCGUGACCUUUCUCUCGAGCUCCUGGGGCGAGGUUCUUCUUCCACCGUGA